AAGACUGGGAUGGGUUCCGUUUGAUGUUGCGAUCGCGACGGAUGCCUCCCACGCAAUGUGUAUAAUUUACCGGCCGUCCCCUUGUGCAAGCUGAGAGGAGAGGACAGGCGUGUGUUGGUGUGGUGAUAUGUGUUGGUAGGCCUACUCACCGAAUGCCUCAAAACCAAAACAUUGUCGUGGCGAAAAGCGACAUAGGGAGAGGGGGAGGGAAACCUGUACGCCAUUCGUAGUGUGUCGGUUGAUGUACCUGUCACUUCCACACUGGUGUGUUUGUGUUUGUUUGUGUGCGUGUGUGUGAUGACUUUAUUUAUUUGUGUGUCUGUGAUGACUUUAUUUAUAACCGGGGUGAAAAGCGAGAGUAGUGUGAAUUUUCUCUUCUUGCCAAUUAAAUUGUGUUGGUGUGUGUGUGUUUUGUAUACGAGAAUGCGGUGCGCGUUCACCGCUCGGCUACCGAUCAGGAGUGUGUGUGUGUGUGUGGUUGGGUGAAAGUUGAUCACGGCUUCCGCUAAUCCCCUCCUAAUCUGGAGUAACGAUCCAGAGAUUGUCGAAGGUGAUGCGUUUAGAGAAUCUAGGCUAUUGGUGGUUGUUGCUAAUCUCAUCAGCGCCACACUGACCUGCCCAGAAAAACUAUUAAGAAUUAAGAAGAUCCAAAUAGGAAAUGACUUUCAUUUGACUACAUGGUGAAUUCAACAAUUAUAGAUGCGAAAGAAAAAUCGCAUUACCUAGUAGGGAGUCAUUUCGUUUAGGCCUAAAACUCAUCAUAAUUCACUUGUGAAUUAAUAUCAGUGUGUCGUUUAACAUGUCCAUGUGUCUGACGAGGCAAGACGUCUCCCGUGUGGAGCAGAAAAGCCCUCUUGACACUCUUUAUUCGGAGAUAUGUUAUCGCUCCUUGCUGCCGUUCUUCAGGUUAUCUCCGUCGCGGGGAGCUUUAAAGGUCUUGAUGGACAGGGAGGGGAGGCUAAACUCCUCCCUGAAAGGGAACCGCACGCUGCAAAACCCGGAAUGGAUCACGGUGCCCUGCAUUGGGCGAACUGCGUGUCUUGGGGAUGCCAAAAAGAGAUGCAAUGCAAAUAAAUAAGCGCUGCAAAAUCGUAUCUCUAUUUGGCCGGUAGUAUUAUAUAUACGUCAAUAAGGAAUUUAAUAUUGUACAAAAAGGAAAGAACACCUUAAUCUGAGAUUAUGCCUAUAGUAUUUGCUUCUGCGCAUUAGGUCAUUUUUUUUGGAAUACUUCUAGCCUAAUAUCUUAUUUCGCAAAUUAUUAUUCACCAUUAAUUAUCACGUCAUCACGUUUUAACAUCACCUCACUAGUAACAAGCGAAAUGUAAAAGACAAAAAAAAUCCUGUCCUGUUCCUCUGAGAUCCACUCCGUGUGUUCCAGCCGGUCUCCCUUCUGCUGGGUGAUCCAUGUCCCCGUGCAGACUGUCCUGUGAGUAAAACAGAGAGGAGCCUGGUGCGAGGGAUACGGGACUGCCGCGCGCUCGCUCGCUUUCUUUUUUUUCUUCGUCUUUUAAGUAAGAGCCACCGCGGGAGCGAGACACUAGGAAAGCGGGCAGGCAGACACUCUUGUUUCGCUUGUUUUACCGCCGAUCCCAUUUGCAUCACAAUUGUACCCGGCGUGAUGAAAGCGCCGAAGUGCACUUCAUCAGCUGGAGAGCGCAAGCUGGCUUCGCCGCGGGGGAUGUGCGCGCACACAAUGGGGGACGUCGCGCUCGCUGCGCCCGGGCCACGGUGUCAGGAUUUCUUGGUUCUCGGUCUAUAAUGGGGCGAAACACCGGAGCUGGAACGUCAAUAAAGGGAAAGCAAAGCAGGUGAACGUGCGCCGUCACGAGCGGGUCGAGGGAAAGCGGGUAUCCAUACGGGAUCAGACAGGGCCCGGUUGGUAGUUUGUUUCUGGUGGGUUUGUAAAGCUCUGCUUGUCAGCAGCCCCCAGGGCAGUACGCGUUUGUAAACAGAGAGGACGGACGUGUGGGUGUUUCAUUUGUUACCAGUUAAAAAUUCCGUUGGGAUAACUGGAAUGUAUUUCCGGCGACUGAGUCCCAUCUCUCUCCGCACAUCUGGAUAGUCUGAAGUGCCAACUGUCUCCCCGCCUCUUCAUGCUGCUCGUUUCCGUGCGCUGUUUUCUUCGGAGCGUUUUGCAGCGUUAAAAAACCUAAAUAAAGUCUUUAUUUAUAUUUGCGCACGGUCCACGUUGCUGGGUCGGUCAAGAAUGCAACUUAUCACCAGCGAGGACACGAUGGAGCGCGAUACGCCAACCAGGAAAACCGUGUACCGCAUCUCCCUCACCCUGGUGAAGAAGGAGAGCGCAGAAGAUGGGAGCACCAGCGCCAAUAACAACAACGACAACGACGUUAGCCCCGCGCCGUGCCGCCGUCCGGACAACGCCAACACGUGCGCCGCCGCGCGACGCGACUGCUCCUCCGAGCGGAAGCGCGGCGCGCUGCUCGAGCAGCUGCGCGAGGUGGUGGAGGAGGAGGAGGAGACGGACGACUUCAGCUCGCCGUCGCACCGGCGCAUGAGGAACUUCCGGACGUUCAGCACGGGGCAGCUGGAGCUGGGCCGGCUGAAGCUGGCCCGGAAGCACCUCUUCAAGAAGGAGGCCCGGGAGCCUGCGACCAGCCCGCUGGCCGAGACGCCGCCCGCCGUGUCCCACCUCAGGGGGAGGGAGGGGCUUCGGGGACGCCAACGCCAACGGGACGCCGUCCCCACCGAGAACGGCAGCACUCCAAAGCGGAAAAGACUCCUGAAGGCUAAAAGCACAGAGGAGAAGAUGGCCGAGGUCGUUUCGCCGCGGUCACCGCCAGCGUCUGACCGGGACUCCGGGAGCAACGUGAACGGCGCCUCCAGUCCGGAGGCCACGCCCCCGCAAGACGGCAAGCCGGGGCUGCUGCGCCGGAGCUUCAGCUUUCGCCACUGGACGGGUGUGGAGAUGCUGCGGCUGCGCGCCCUGUCCAAGGAGAAGCACCACGGCAGCUCCGGCUGCAUCGGCCGCCACGCCGCCGCAGGCCCCGCCCCCGACGCCGCUGCUGCCGCCGCCGGAGACCAGAGCAACAACAACGUCUUCCUCGCGGCCACCUCUCCCUCCUCCCCUCCCUCCAGCUCCUCUUCCUCGGUGGCCCCCUCUUCGUCGUCUCUGUCCCGAGACGAGGCUGCGGCGGCGGUGGCGGCGGCGGCCCCGCCCCGGGAGAAGAGCCGCACCCUGGAGGUCGGCGCCGUGCUGAGCAAGACGGCGUCGGCCACGGAGCUGAGCCGGCGGGAGCGCGCGCGCGCCGGGAAGAACCGCACGCUGGACAACAGCGACCUGCAGCGCAUGUCCCGGGAGGGGGGCGGCGGCGAGGGGGAGCGGGGGACGGGGCUGGGCGCCUUCCACCUCCUGCGGGGCGGGGGCGGGCGCUCCAGCGGCCACGAGAAGCGGCUGGUGCGCUUCUUCAGCGGGAUCUUCUCCCGCCGGGACAGCGGCGGUAGCGGCGGCGGCGGAGAGGGGGGGUCGCCCGUGGGCAGCCCCGUGGGCGCGGAGCGUUCUCUGCGGCGCACCCGGAGAGCCUUCCUGUCCCAGUCCAGCACGGAGAGCAUGAACGGAGCGGCGUCGCACGACGCCUUUGUGAACAGCCAGGAGUGGACCCUGAGUCGGACCGUCCCAGAACUCAAAGUGGGAAUCGUGGGUAACCUGGCCAGUGGCAAGUCGGCAUUGGUGCACAGAUAUCUGACGGGAACGUACGUGCAGGAGGAGUCUCCAGAGGCUGACGUGGACGCAGGCGGUCGCUUCAAGAAGGAGAUCGUGGUGGACGGCCAGAGCCACCUCCUGCUCAUCAGGGACGAAGGGGGCCCCCCGGAGGCUCAGUUUGCGUUGUGGGUGGAUGCGGUGAUCUUCGUGUUCAGCCUGGAGGACGAGAACAGCUUCCAGACGGUGUACCACUACUACAGCCGCCUGGUCAACUACCGCAGCACCGCCGACCUGCCCCUCGUGCUGGUGGGCACGCAAGACGCCAUCACCUCGGCCAACCCGCGGGUGAUCGACGACAGCCGUGCGCGCAAGCUGUCCAACGACCUGAAGCGCUGCACCUACUACGAGACCUGCGCCACCUACGGCCUCAACGUGGAGCGGGUCUUCCAGGACGGUCAGUACCUCCCCCCCCUACUCCCACACCUGCUCACACCCACACCCUACCCAGACCCACCAGGUAGGGGCGAUCAGUGCCCACGCUACCCCUAGGUUGGUCAUGUGUGGGGUCUGUCGGGAUGGUCAGUGCCCCCCCCCCUACCCAUUCGUUGGUCACGUGAGGGUCUUACAGAACAGGAUGGUCAUUAUCCCCUACCCAUAAGUGCUCAUGUGACUCUUGAAGGCUGCUUCAUACCGUUUUAUGGUGACCCUUCUUAAUGAGGAACUCUGUAUUAAAGUUGCUGUAAGAGUUGAGUGUAAUUUGUUCGGUAUGCCAUAGCGGUGAGUGAGUGAAAGGCACUGUGAGAUUAGCUGACCGCGCCUGCCUCUGGAUGAGAGCAUUUUGAAUCAUCCGCUCCGGGUUCAUUUCUGACCAAUCAGGGCAUCUCUUCCCUGAUUGGUUCGGAAUCCAUCUUGCCUGUCAAUCGCAGAUGUGUGAAUUGCACUUCUCAUUGGUGGAGGAACAUAGGAAGGGAGGGAGCAGAGAAAAAAGGCACUUUUUCUUGGUGUUUAUUAUCAAUGUAUUGCUUUCUUCUGAACGCUCUCUUAAAGUUGAUGCAUCGUAAAGUCAACACCUUAAAAUAGUCUGCAAUACACGUAUUUUGGAUGUGUUCGAUGGGGAUGGCAUUCCUUCUCGCCUGCUUCGGUGCUCCUUCCCAGGGUUACUUGACGUUGGUGUCCUCUGGGUUUUGUAGUUUUUAACGUGUCGCCCAGAGUGUGGGGUUUAGGGGGCUGGGCCGUCCUCCAGCACCUCUGAAGCUGGAGCCGCCAGUAUGAGCCGUCGCAGAAUGCCCGUGACUUGACGUUGGUGUUUUUCCAUCACUUCCCCUUUUGACUCUGGUGUUUUGACAAAGAAGUCUCACGAUGCGCUAAGCUGCCAAAGCGACAUCUCUUUGUAUCGACAUCUGGUGGACACUUUAUCUAAAGUCGUAAAGAACGGAUCACAACCAGAUUGGCGGCGAAAAAAGAAUUGCGCCGCCCAACGUUAUGAGAGAGAGAGAGAGAGAGAGAGAGAGAG